AGUCCUCAAUUCCAAUUCCAUAGUUUGAAUUCCGUGUACCAAACGGGGCCAUAGACAAUUUAACAAAACAUGAAUGAUUGACAAUGUAUAUAUUUUCUGUCGUAUGUGGAAAGAAGAUUUCAAUCCUCCAACAAAGCAACAUUGAUGGCCAUCGAAAAGUAAACCAGUAUAACAUAACACACGAAACAUACUUGUCAUAUAAAUCCGUAUAGAUUUAACAAUUACCCAUAGAUCUGUGGGCGGAAGAAUCGUCACACAGGGAGGUCACCAACGGAGGCAAUGACCGUGGGGGCAGUGGCAUCAGGUUUCGACCUAGGGUUAGAGUUGUCCGGAUCGAUAUGCGAAGGAAUAGGAGUAUUGAGCAUGAGGGGAACAUCCUUGGCCUCUUCGCCGUCCUCGUUGUCGCUGUCGGACGUGUUGAGGUUGACACAAGAACAGCGUUCCAACGACGCGAAGAACGCUGAUGCCACACUGGACCCCACCCACCGAGCGAGACCGUCCAGCUUCUCGAUGUUCGAAUUCUCCAUAUCUGAUCAACUGAGGACUUACGGUAUUCCAAGAAGUGAUCGAAUGUAUAGAGAGGAGCGACGAUAUUCCAAAAAGUGAUAGAAUUUGUAGAAGCAGAUCCCCUUUGGAGCGAGGAAAGAACGAGAUCUGAAGAGAAAUGGCGAAGAGAUAUAGUAACAUCUGGAUGUUAUUAGACCAUUUUGGACCCUACAUGUUCGAAGUGGAAGAGCGACCACGUAAGAUUUGAUUUAAGUCAACAAAGGAGAAAAUUACUCGCAAACAAAAGGGUGAUGCAAUGAAGGUAACGAAGAUCCAUGUCAAAUGUCAAAAAUAAUAAAUGUCUGUGUAUUAA